AUGCAUGCCCCCGCUACCGCCGCGACUGUCAGCUCUGAUCCGGCGUUGUAUGCUGCCUUGGUUGCCGAUGUCGAUCGCUAUUUCUCGAGUGAUGACCACCGCACACGGGCACGAGACGUCCUCGCCAAACAAGCCGCCGCGAACGGGUUAGGCGUGGGACCUAAACCACCCAGCCCGACCGUCACGCACGGUCCCCUCCAUAUCGUCGAGUUCAAAGCUUGCCGGACGGAUGUGUUUUAUGUUGCGGAGGGUAGUGGUCUCCGUGUUCAGCGUGGUGACUUGGUCAUUGUCGAGGCUGAUCGUGGGAGGGAUUUGGGGAAGGUUGUUAGAGCUGAUGUCGGGUUGGCGCAGGUUAGGGCUUUGAAAGCUCAGCAGCAAAGGGAGCAGGCUGCGGCGCUUGCUGGGGCAGGUGUUGUUGGACAGCAGGGCAUGGGAAUGGGGAUGGGUGAUGAGGUCAAUGUCCAGCCGAAGCAGAUUUAUCGCUUGGCGCAACCGGCUGAGGUCGCCAUGUUGCUUGCCAAAUCCCAGGAUGAGGCUCAAGCUAUGUUGGUGUGUCAGUCUAAAGUACGUCAGCGCAAGUUGCCCAUGGAGAUCUUGGAUGCGGAGUACCAAUGGGACCGCCGCAAGCUUACCUUCUACUUCGCUACCAACUCCAUCUACCGCGUUGACUUUAGGGAAUUGGUGAGGGAUUUGUUCAAGGUUUACAAGACCAGGAUUUGGAUGUGUGCGGUUAACCCGUAUGCUGUUGAG